AUGGCAUCGGAGGGUCAACUAUCUGUGUUGUUAGUAGGCGGAGCAGGCUUUUUAGGCCUCCACCUUAUUGAGAAGUUUUACAAUGUGUCUCCACGUCCGAAGAUUCAUGUAUUUGAUGUGAGACCUUUGCCCGAGAAAUUGUCCAAACAAUUUACAUUCAAAGCAGCGGACAUCACAACUCAUAUCGGGGACUUAACAUCUGAGGCGGAUGUUACUCUUGCUUUGCAAAGUAGCGGAGCUAAUGUUUUGGUCCAUUCUGCUUCCCCAAUGCACGGUUGUAGUCAGGAAAUUUACGAGAAGGUAAAUGUUCAGGGCACAAGAAACCUGUUAUCUGUUUCCCAGAAGCUCGGUGUUCGAGCAUUUGUCUACACUUCGUCUGCUGGCGUUAUCUUUAAUGGGCAAGAUAUACAUAAUGGAGAUGAAACUUGGCCUAUUCCGGAAGUCCCUAUGGAUGGUUACAACGAGACUAAGGCUAUUGCAGAAGACAUGGUUCUGAAAGCAAAUAACAGAUCACAAGACUUCCUUACUAUAGCACUCAGACCCGCAGGGAUUUUUGGGCCUGGCGACCGUCAACUCGUUCCUGGACUGAGGAGUGUUGCGAAGCUGGGCCAAUCAAAGUUUCAAAUUGGUGAUAACAAUAAUCUCUUUGACUGGACUUAUGUGGGAAAUGUGGCUGACGCUCACGUUCUUGCUGCUAACAAACUUUUAGAUCCCUCAUCUUCUUCUGUUGUUUCCGGAGAGACGUUUUUUAUCACUAACGAUUCUCCUGCUUACUUCUGGGCGCUCGCGAGAACCGUCUGGAAAGCAGACGGGCACAUUGAUAAGUAUAACAUUGUUUUGAAUAGACCGCUUGCAAUUUUUGCUGGUUAUCUUUCUCAGUUUUUCUCAAAAUUGACAGGUAAGGAGCCAGGUUUAACUCCAUUCAGAGUAAAGAUUGUUUGCGCUUAUCGAUACCACAACAUUUCGAAAGCGAAAAGGUUGCUGGGAUACAAGCCCUUGGUUGAUAUCGAAGAGGGAAUCGCAAAAACUCUCCAGUGGAUGGAUGAGUCCUCUUGA